CAAAAACAGCCCGCUCUUAUUAACUGAAAAUAACCGAACAGCUUGCUAACACGCAUCAGUGCAGGAAAAGUUUUUAAAGAUGCCAACAAUGCUGUCAACUGAAAUCGAAAACAUGAACAAGGAAAAACCUACCAAUCUCCGGAGGCUCGAAAAGUGGCGGUUUCGUUGCCCAUUGACAGAAAAAAUAAACCCUGGUGAGACCUCGCAGUGGUCCCAGUCCCUGGAAAACCUUCUCAGAUCCAAAUAUGGCAUGUCAACAUUUCACACCUUUCUCAAGUCUGAGUUCAGCGAUGAGAACAUCGAGUUCUGGCUGGUCUGCGAAGAUUUCAAGAAAACCAGAAGCUUGUCCAGGUUAUCCUCCAGGGCCAAGAAGAUAUUUGAGCGAUACAUCAAAGCAGAAGCUCCUAAAGAGAUAAACAUCGAUCACGUCACCAGAGAGCUUAUCAAGCAGAACGUCCAUGCUCCCACCAAAGUGUGUUUUGACGAGGCUCAGAGGAUCGUCUUCGGGCUAAUGGAGAGGGAUUCUUAUCCCAGGUUUCUCCGUUCGGACAUGUACAGAUCCCUUCUGGAAUCAGUCUCUAAUGGGAUUAAGGUCUGAGAAGGUGCUCAAUGAGGGACUUUAGGACUCUUCUGCGGGACUUUUGGUGCAUUGGACAGAAUGGGAGAGGAGUAUUAAGGCUUCGGGCCUGGACUUGAACAUUGUGAUCCACAAAAAGACAUGAAUAAGCUAUUGUUAAUAUGCACUGUAUUACACUGCUCCAUUGUUCUGCGCGGUUGUGGAAUCCACACAGAGACAAAUGGGUUUUGGUACCGCUCACCUAAAACAAACCACAAGAAGAUCUGAAACAUGCUGCAAAACCAGGAACACCAUGGACCUUAUUUAACUUCUAGUGCUUUGAUUACUGGAUGAGUGUCAGUGGUUAGCGUAAGAUGAAGUGGGAAUAAUACUAAUGACGUUUGAAAAGUGAACUCAGAGCAUUGAUAAUUUCAUGAUAUGAAAAUUAUGAGAUUUUUUAGAAAUGCAAUGUACAGAGCAAAUGUAAAUGCCUCAAUGUUUUUUUAUGGUCAAUGGGAUUUUCUCACCCUAAUCUGUAUAACUCACUUACUGCAAUGAUUCAAAAGAUUAUUUUGUGUUUCUGUGCUGGAUUGGAAGCCAGCUAUUAAUCAGAAAAGAUUUUAAAAAGGCUUAUAUUGCUUGGAUCCACCAAAACGCCUUAUCUGUACAGAUAAUGUGAGAAAACUUCAUAUCAUAAACCUGUUUGUCUGACUUUUUAAGAAGAACUUAUUAACUUAAUAAACACAAAUGGAAAUCAAA